AAUCCGCCUCAUCGGGGAAGAGCGCCGUUUAUCGCUCGUUCAUAUGUGAGCACAGUUCAGCUUCUCCUGUUUUUUAUUCAUUUACUUAUUGUAGACAUAUAUAAGAAGUUGUGUGGUAAAAUACUUUAUUAAGGGGUAGAUAAAUCACGUCACUUUGCUUCGGUUGAGUAGACGAAGCGUCUUUGGGGGGUUUAUCAGAAGGGUUGUUUCCAGCAUGGCGGAUGGAGAGGGUUUUGUGGUGAGAGUCAGAGGUUUGCCGUGGUCCUGUUCUGUUGAUGAAGUUCAGAGGUUUUUCUCAGAGUGCAAAAUUGCAAACAAUGGGACAAGCAUACACUUCACAUAUACACGAGAAGGGCGACCAAGUGGAGAAGCAUUUGUAGAGUUCGAAUCAGAAGAAGAUCUUAAAAUUGCAGUGAAGAAAGAUCGUGAAACCAUGGGCCACCGUUAUGUAGAAGUAUUCAAAUCCAAUAGUGUUGAGAUGGACUGGGUUCUGAAGCACACCGGACCGAACUGCCCGGACACAGGAGGGGACGGCCUGGUUAGGCUUCGCGGUCUGCCUUUUGGAUGCAGCAAGGAGGAAAUUGUCCAGUUUUUUGCAGGGUUGGAAAUCGUGCCAAAUGGGAUAACAUUGCCGGUGGACUUCCAGGGGAGGAGUACGGGGGAGGCCUUCGUGCAGUUUGCUUCACAGGAUAUAGCCGAAAAGGCUCUAAAGAAACACAAGGAAAGAAUAGGGCACAGGUAUAUAGAGAUCUUCAAGAGCAGCCGGGCGGAAGUGCGCACACAUUAUGAACCCCAGCGUAAGGUCAUGGGCAUGCAGAGACCGGGCCCCUACGACAGGCCUGGAGGCGGCCGCGGCUACAACAGCAUGGGCAGAGGAGUCUCCUUUGAGAGAAUGAGACGUGGAGGCUACGGUGGAGAUGGUCGUUAUGGAGACGGCAGUUCCUCCUUUCAGAGCACAACGGGACAUUGUGUGCACAUGAGAGGCCUUCCAUACAGAGCCACUGAAACUGACAUAUACAAUUUCUUCUCUCCACUGAACCCAGUGCGUGUUCACCUGGAGAUCGGCCCUGAUGGAAGAGUAACGGGCGAGGCGGAUGUAGAAUUUGCCACACACGAGGACGCGGUGGCAGCCAUGUCGAAGGACAAAGCCAAUAUGCAGCACCGUUAUGUGGAGCUGUUCCUAAACUCCACGGCAGGGGGUGGAAGUGGAGGAUACGGUGGCCAAAUGAUGGGCGGUAUGGGAAACCAGUCAUCAUACGGACACAGCAGCCAGCAGAUGGGCUCUGGCUACAGCGGAGGUUAUGGUAACCAGAGUGGCAUGGGGGGCUACAGUGACUACAGUAAUCAGGGCGGAAUGGGGAGCAGUUACUACGGUGGAGGGAGCCGCGGGUCCAUGGGAAUGAACGGCCUCAACAGCGGCAUGGGGGGAGGCUGGGGGAUGUAGCCUCUGGGGCUUUAAUAGCUGCUUUACAACCUUCAUUUGAACAGUGUCCUCUUUCAUUUGUUUGUUCUUUGUUCCCUUCUAAGUUGUGUUUGGAGCUGUACACAAGCAGACUUCUUUUUCCCUUUUGACAUGGUUGAAAACAAAUUCCGACUAGAGGUGGUAAUUUAUGUUAAAGAGAAACUCUUUAUUUGCUGAAAUGUGAAACAGCCUAUGUAUCACACUGGAGAGGUGCCUGUAAAUCUGUUUUUACAGUGGAGUAUUAAAGAGGUGAUUUUUGUAUCCUCUAUGGGCAACCUUUAUCAAAGCCUUUCGUACAGCUUGAUGUCUUUGCACACAGAGGUUUCACUCUCAGUGAUUGUAGCAUAUCUUAAACUUUUGGCUCCUGCAAAGGUGUUUUGCAUGUACUCAAUGCUUACUCCAGGCCGAUCGUUUAAAGAGAGUGUUUAAGUUUAGAAAAAAGAAAAGGAAAAAAAAAAAAGAAACGAUUU